AUGAAGGUCCUCACCAUGGCCCUGGCGUGCCUGCUACUGGCUGGGAUGUGGCUUCGAGACGUGGACGGCAGGAGCAUGCUUGUGUCGUCCUCCAACUGUUGCUUCAAGUUUGCGGAUAAAAAGAUUUCCCAGCAGCACAUCCAGUGUUACAAACAUACCAGCUCCACCUGCUCCCGCAGGAGUCUAAUACUCAAGCUGAAGGGCGGCAGAGAGACCUGUGUCAUGGAGUCAGCCCCAUGGGUUAAGCCUCAUUUAAAAACUGUGAAACCGUGCCCUCCAAAGUAAACGUGAGAGGAUUUCUUUCCACCCUGGACUCCGAAGACGG